UCAUUGAUUUUCUUGUCUGAGGCAGAUAUUGUGUUUGUAAGUCACAUCUAAGAUUUGCCAAUAAACAUGUCGUUUUAUUUCUGUAAAUGUAAAUAUAACAACAACAGAAGGAACCUACAUUUGGGCAGCAUACACAUAGUCGCAGCAAUCUGAGCUUUCAGAACCAAAUAAUUAGUGGGUUUUGGUCACGUCUGGAAUAUGGAGUGGGUAUUUUGGGGUUUGGCGGCCUUUUGUGCUGGUUUAGUUUGGUUUCUGCUCAAGAUUGCAACAACGAUAUGGUGGAAGCCUCUGCAAAUGAAAAAGUUCUUUGAAGCUCAAGGAAUCAGUGGCCCUCCAUACAGGCUAUUCUAUGGGAAUUCUACAGAUAUAUCCAGAAUGACCGAUGAGCAGAAGUCCAAACCCAUGAGACUCUCACAUGACAUAUUCCCUCGAGUUUUUCCCUAUUUACAUCAGUGCAGCAGUAAAUAUGGUCAGGAUUUUAUUUACUGGUUUGGGCCGGAUGCCAGAUUGAUUGUUCCCCACCCCGAGCUUAUUAAGGAGAUAUUGUCCACUAAAUUUGGCAACUAUCCAAAGCCUCCCAGUAAUCCCCUUGGAAGACAACUGUUGGGAAAGGGACUUGUGGGUUUGAAAGGUGAGAAAUGGGCUCAGCACAGGAGAAUCAUCAAUCCUGCUUUCCAUAUGGAUCUCUUGAAGGGGAUGAUUCCAACUAUUGUGAAAAGCGGUGCCAAUAUGUUGGAUGGAUGGAGUAAAUUGAUAUUGUCAGGUGCAUCGGAAAUUGAUGUGCAAAAGGAGUUCCACGACCUCACGGCAGAUGUUAUUUCCCGCACAGCAUUUGGAAGCAGUUUUACAGAGGGAAAGCAUAUCUUUGAAAUGCAGACCAAACAGAUGAUUCUUGCAGUUGACUCAUUUCGCAGUGUUUAUAUUCCAGGUUUCAGGUUUCUUCCUACUGCGAAGAAUAGGCAACGUUGGAUUGUGGAGAAAGAAAUAAGAAGAUCCUUAAGACAAAUUAUAGAUGCCAGGGAAAGGACUGAUAUAACAGAAAAAUCAGGUGGAUAUGGUGCCGAUCUGCUUGGUUUGAUGAUGUCUGAGAGCAAGGAGCAGGGGAGAGUCAAUGUAAAAAGUAAUGGAAGCCUGAGUACAGAGGAAAUCAUUGAUGAAUGCAAGACUUUCUACUUUGCUGGUCAUGAAACUACAUCAGUACUGUUGACAUGGAGUAUAAUAUUGUUGGGCAUACAUCAAGAUUGGCAAGAGCGAGGUCGCAGAGAAGUGAUGGAAGUAUGUGGAAAAAACAAUUACCCGGAUGCAGACAGCUUAAGUCGCCUCAAAACUGUGGGAAUGAUCAUAAAUGAGGUCUUAAGACUUUAUCCACCUGCAACGCGUAUGUUGCGAAUGGCACGUGAGCCAAUGAAACUUGGAAGGCUCUCAAUUCCAGCAGGCACUCGACUUGAGAUUCCCAUCCUGGCAAUUCACCAUGAUCCUGCUUUGUGGGGAGACGAUGCCAAUGAUUUCAACCCAGGGCGAUUCAAUGAAGGAAUUGCAAAGGCUGCAAAGCAUCCAAUGGCAUUCAUGCCCUUUGGUGCAGGUCCAACUAUAUGUGUGGGUCAGAAUUUUGCGGCGUUGGAAGCAAAAUCAGUUUUGGCUAUGAUUCUGCAAAAAUUUUCUUUUGCGACUUCACCUUCUUAUACUCAUGCUCCUGUGCUUUUACCUACGCUGAAACCUCAAUAUGGAGCUCAGGUUAUCUUCCGCAUGGAAUAAUAUCUGAGAACAGUACUGCCUAGAAAUUCCUCUGUAUUGAAAUUUUAACUAGCACUAUAUAUUUUCUGUUGUAUAAAUCUGCAAUCAAAUAUUGUAAAUGUUGAAUAUGUUGAAGAUUAAGAUUUAUAUUUUGUAAUAAAGCUAUUAUAAAUCAUUUUGAUAUUAGAGUUAUGGAAAAAAUAGAAGCAGAGUAAAUGUACAAAAUUAUCUCAAAUUGUUGUGAUAGCAGUUGUUGAUUUACUACUCAAACUUGUUGCUUUAAUGUCCAA